UACCCGGGUAUCAACUCCACCGGCGACUACUACGGCGACGGUUACGACUACCAGCCCGAAUUGGACGCCAGCAAGAUUGUCAUCCCCUCCAUCUACGCGCUGGUGUGCUGCGUGGGCGUGACGGGCAACGCCAUGGUCAUCUACGUCAUCCUCAAGUACGCCAAGAUGAAGACGGCGACGAACAUCUACAUCCUGAACCUGGCCAUCGCCGACGAGCUUUUCAUGCUCAGCGUGCCGUUCCUGGCCACCUCGGCCGCCGUGCACCACUGGCCGUUCGGCUCGCUCAUGUGCCGCCUGGUGCUCAGCGUGGACGGCAUCAACAUGUUCACCAGCAUCUUCUGCCUGACGGUGCUAAGCGUGGACCGCUACAUCGCCGUAGUGCACCCCAUCAAGGCGGCACGCUACCGGCGGCCCGCCGUGGCCAAGGUGGUGAACGUGUGCGUGUGGGGCCUGUCGCUGCUCGUCAUCAUGCCCAUCAUCGUCUUUGCCGACACCGUACCGGCCGAGGACGGCGGCGUCGACUGCAACUUCCUGUGGCCCGAGUCGUCCUGGUCUGAGGUGUUUGUGGUCUACACAUUCCUGCUGGGGUUCCUGCUGCCCGUGGCGGCCAUCUGCUUGUGCUACUGCCUGAUCGUGGUGCGGAUGCGGGCCGUGGGCCUCAAGGCCGGCUGGCUGCAGCGGCGCCGCUCGGAGAAGAAGAUCACCCGCAUGGUGCUGCUGGUGGUGGCCGUCUUCAUCAUCUGCUGGAUGCCCUUCUACAUAGUGCAGCUGAUCAGCGUGUUCCGGCGGCCACCGGACCCCAUGGUGACGCAGCUCUUUGUCAUCCUCAGCUACGCCAACAGCGGUGCCAACCCCAUCCUCUAUGGCUUCGUCUCGGACAACUUCCGCAGGUCGUUCCAGCGGAUUGUCUGCUUCCGGUGGCUGGAGAGCGGGCUCGACGCAGAGCAGGUGGACUACUGCGCAGUGGCGCUGAAGAGACAGGCCACGUUGGGGCCACCGGACUUCCCCAAGGAGGUUUGCCUGGCCUCGGACAUGGUGUUUCGCAACGGGACCUGCACCUCACGGACCACUACCUUAUGA